CGUGAAGCCCCCUCAAUAUCGCCUUCUUCUUCUUGAAUACGUUACCGAGAAAUACCAACGCCAGCGACUUCGGAAUAAAGCAUUGGCUCCUCUAACAGCAAGAUUCUGAGGGAAAUUACGAGUCUAUAUACCCAAGUUCAGAAGCAGGGCCUCCUAAUUGCAGACAAGCGGGAGCUGUGUCGAGAUUCGGAAAAGGGGGGUUGGUCGAUUCUUGCGGCGGUCCUUUCAACACCUGUCUGCCAGCACAUCGCGAUAGGCCUGCCUUCCUCUCACAUCUCUCAUUUAUAUCGUGAAUACUUGGAAAUCGCCACCAAUUAGAGGUAGAUAAUUCAAUUCGUUCUGUUUUGUGAGUCUUAGCAUCCUCCUCCCUAGGUUAGGGAACAAUGCUUUCCUAAGCACGGCGAAUUCGUGGCUCACAACCUGCUCCUUCACUCACGGAAGAUCCGUGGGCUUCAUACAUUUUGGGGAACUUCAAGAGGCCCCCCACCGCAGGCAGCUAGAACUUCCAUGUUUCUAAGCUUGUAAAUCUGCUCUGUGCAUGUCCCGAGACUUAGAGAAUCGGACUAGCCUACCAAACUGCCCGUAUCUGAUAUAGACGCGCCGCUUCGAGCCUUCACUUGGAUGUAGGACAAUCCCGCAUAGCGCAAACCCCUCCCAUCGCUCUCCAAUUGUCCGGCUCAGCGACCGCUUCUUAUGUCUUACCCCCGGUAUGGAGGGAAACACUUCGAAGUUGUCUAGCACGGCCCUUGGAGGGAGGAGAGUGAAUGAUCACCGCAUCGCGGAUUAUGGGGCGGAUCCCGACACAGGCGCGACGAGGGUGACAUACAGGGCGAGAAGAUCGUACGAACAACAACCUCUUGCCAGCCCUCGAAAUGGCUCUUCCGAUGGUUCAAAGCGCUACCCUUCGAAAUGGGCCGGGUCUACCGCCCCGAACGACAGCGACUAUGAAGAUGUCGAAGAACACGAAUAUCUGUUGGACCAGAACGCACUCGGCCAAGAACCAAUAGAGUUGCGUCGGAUGGGCUCUGGAAGCCUGGAAUCUUUCGACGACGAAUCAGCCUCGAAGCACAGCGAGGAGGAGGACUCUCCGUACGACGAAGUACGAGCAGCAGUUCGCAAUUUCGACGAAGACCUCCCAUGCAGCACCAUCCGAGCCUGGACGAUAGGAUUAAGCCUAGUCCUUGUCGGCGCGUCGAUGAAUACUCUGUUUUCUCUGAGACAGCCCUCCAUUAGUCUUGGGGCCCUCACGGCCCAGAUUAUCGCGUGGCCGCUGGGCCGCGGAUGGGAGAGGUGGAUGCCGCACCGACGGAUCAACAUCUUCGGCUACCGAUGCGACCUCAACCCGGGGCCAUUCAACAUUAAGGAGCACUCCAUAAUCAUGGUCAUGGCGAGCGUGUCGUUCUCCGUGGCCUACGCCACCGAUAUCAUCCUCGCACAACUCGUAUUUUAUAAGCAAAAUUUCGGCAUGUUAUUUCAAAUCAUAUUGGUUAUAUCGACCCAGUCCCUUGGCUACGGGAUAGCGGGCACGAUGAGGAAGUUCCUAGUUUAUCCGGCCUCGAUGAUCUGGCCUGGCAAUCUCGUCGCUGUCACCCUGAUGAACGCAAUGUACGAGGAACACCAGCCACCAGAACCGGCCAUGAUCGGUGGGCGCAUGCCGAGAUAUAGAUGGUUUGGCCUCGUGACGCUUGGUUCGACCUUAUACUACUUCAUCCCGGGCUUUUUCGCACAAUUUUUGAGCGUAUUCGCCUUCGCAACCUGGAUUGCUCCUAAGAACGCUAUGGUAAACCAAAUAUUUGGGGGCGUCACCGGCUUGUCGGUGCUACCCAUUACCUUUGACUGGACGCAGAUCGCCGGUUACGUUGGGUCACCCCUGAUCCCGCCAUGGCAUGCCAUCGCGAAUACGGCAAUCGGUGUUGUAAUAUUUUAUAUUGCCAUUACCUUUAUCCUUCACUACUCUGGCGCGUGGUACGCUCAGUUCUUGCCUAUGACAGAUACUGUGACGUAUGAUAACACCGGUGCACACUAUGACAUAUCGCGAGUUUUGACAGAGGACAAGAUGUUGGAUGUAGAAGGGUACAAGGCGUAUUCGCCGCUUUUCAUCAGCACUACCUUUGCCGUAUCUUACGGAAUGUCGUUUGCAGCCAUCACCGCCUUGUUGGUUCACACUUACAUACAUCAUCGUAAAACGAUCUGGGCUCAAUACAGGAAUAGCACAAAUGAGAAACCCGAUAUACAUAUGAAGCUCAUGCAAAAGUACAAGGAGGCACCAUCGUGGUGGUAUCUAUCCCUGUUCGCAAUCGUUCUAGGACUUGGCUUCGUCACCGUCCUCGGAUACCCGACCAACCUAUCCUGGUGGGGGUUCUUGUUGGCCGUGAGCAUCGCCUUCGUAUUCUCGUUGCCUAUCGGAAUAAUUCAAGCGGUCACCAAUCACCAAGUUGGGCUUAACGUAUUGACUGAGUUUGUCUACGGAUACAUCCAACCCGGCCGACCUCUCGGCCUUAUGCUUUUCAAGACAUACGGCUACAUUACGAUGUCACAAGCUCUCAGCUUCGUCUCUGAUCUAAAGUUUGGCCACUAUAUGAAGAUACCCCCAAGAACCAUGUUUAUGGCACAGGUCGUCUCUACGACGUUAUCAUGCGUCAUCCAGGUCGUCGUCCUCAACUUCGCGCUAAAGAACAUCGAGGGAGUCUGUGAUUUGACACAGCCGCAACGCUUCACGUGUCCCGGAGGUCGGGCUUUUUUCUCGGCGUCCGUUAUUUGGGGGCUCAUCGGACCGGCGCGUGUCUUCUCGCCGGGGAGCGUGUACUCGGGACUGCUAGUAUUUUUUGUGCUGGGAGCCGCAGCGCCGGUGGCAUUCUGGCUCGCGGCGCGGAGAUGGCCGCGGUCACCGGCGCGUUACCUGAUGGCGCCACUGGUGUUUGGCGGGGCCGGCGCAGUGCCGCCGGCGACGCCGCUCAACUACCUGUCGUGGGCUUUGGUCGGGUAUCUGUUCCAGCACCGCAUCCGGACGCGCCACCCGCGUUGGUGGAGCCGCCUCAACUACCUGACGUCGGCUGGGCUCGACCUGGGCCUCGCGCUCGGCACUCUCGUAGUCUUCCUCGUCUUUACCCUCAAUAACAUCGAACCCCCCCGCUGGUGGGGCAAUGAUGUCGUCGCCUCCACCCUCGACUUCCAGGACAAGGCCGUUCAGGUCGUGCUGCCUCCCGGCCAAACGUUCGGUCCCAGUGCCUGGUAAGGCGAGGUCGCCUGGUUUUCCCGGGCUUCGGCCAGCGUUUGCUUCGGCUGUGACCUGCGGUGAUGGAAGGGCGGGAUGGAAGCUGUGAGGUUGAGCGAGAGGGGGGGGGCGGGGUGAGUCGCGAAGCCAACGGAGGAAAGGGAUGGAAAUAAAGUGAGAGUGGGCAAGAUCAUAGAUUUUAGUGUAAACUAAGAUUGUGUAUAAGUAAGUUAACUCCACCUCUUCGUGCGAUGUGUAUUUGCAGAGGGGAGUUUGGGUAUAGAGAGAAGUUUUCUGUACGGAUGCAUAGAACUAUUGAUGAUUUUGUUAUUACUAUCAUUUAGUUAAGUGCCUGUGUACGUAAGCAAAAGAGGAGGUGUAGCAAAGGGGUAUGUUAGGUAC